AUGAGCUCCGAUUGCCAGGAUGUUUCUCUUGCUAGUAGUGUGAAUCAUGCUGAGGACGAGCCCUCCAUGGCUGAGUCUUCUUCUGGCCUAGCAGGGCGCAUGCCUAGAGUGAUUUCAGCUGUCUCCUCGGUUUCAAAAGAGUUUCUCCAUGACGAUAUCGUGCCUAGCGGAGUCGGUUCGAAGGAUAUCACCAUCUCUUAUAUAGUCAGCGCGGGAGAUGCGCAAACAAUUGGUGAUUCUCUCCAUCCUGUGACCUCAGCCAUCGUCCCUGCUUCAUUGUCUCUAAGGCGUGCUGGUGACACGAAUAGUACGGAGAGAUGUUAUCCAUUGAAUGUAACACAACAUUCCGUCCGGACGUUGAGCAACUCUGUGGCGCUAAAUGCAAUGAAUCCUCCGCAGCUGCUCGGUAUUGGUGCGAUUUUUUCUAACUCGGUCCACCCUCAGACCGGGGAUGCUAGAUCAUUUGCGAAGCCGACACUGGCCCCAUCGAGCGUGCGUUGGUGCUCACCAGACCAGUGGGUUCCUGACGCGCAGGUCGUCAACUGCAUGGCGCCCGAUUGCAAAAUGCCUUUUUCCCUUUUCACUCGUAAGGAGCACUGCAAGAUUUGUGGAAGGGUUUUCUGCUCUUCGUGCUGCUCUAAUGAGGUUGAGAUCCUUGAGGACAGAUCCCCCUGCUUGAGUCAUAGCUGCAAUGCCAGCGGAAAUGUCAAGGGAUUGGACCUGUUGGCCAGCAAUGGUUUCCAUCAUCCCAGGAGCCAUUCCUUUAUGGCGAAUGAGACAGAUUCCACCCCAGUGACAGGGUCUCCUUCGCAUCCGAAUAGAUCUGCGUCAGCAGGUUUUAUCAACAUUGCCACAGGCCACACUGCCAUAAGCAAUACUGAUGUGAUUUCCACGAACGUCGUACCCGGUUCGUCGUGCGCUGCCUCGGCGGACAAUGCGAGUUCCAUCGGCACGCCCCUGCCACAGACCUCCAAGGGGGUGGUCUACCGCGUGUGCAAUGAAUGUUUUUAUGAGACCCAACUCGUUGUCUCAACGCGGGGGGAGGACAGCAAACCUCGACGCAAAUGUCGUGGUCAGUUGAAGAUGUUCCAGCGGGCGCUGCUAGUAAACGUUUUAAGUUUCCUCUCACUACGUGAUUUACUUGAAAUAGCGCUUGUAUCGUCUGAUUUCUACUUUAUGUCAAGGGACAACGUGAUAUGGUAUCAGUACAACACUGCGCGAUGGCUCAAGGAAACUGAGAAUCCAUAUUUUUCAUUUACUGGGGACACAAAUCACAUGCUGACCGUUGCCGCAGCAAACUCUGCCUUGUCGUCAGGCGGGCUUCGGCAUUGGUUUUCUGCCCAUGAAAGCUACUAUAAAUCGACUUCAUCACCAUCAGCGUUGUCAACACUAACUAUAGCGCUAGAUGGCAGCAACGCCAGUGUUGGGGAGGGAUCAAUUAAAUUUCCAAGGGCUCCGUUUCUUGAGGAUGCCACAGUACUAACCCAGGGGGAGGCGUUCAAGCGAGUGAUCUCUCACCACGCGCGAUACAACUACACGCAGUUCCUUGAUUUUGCAAGACGACAAGAAAUGGCACGAUGUGAAGGUCUAGCGUGGUUUUCGGUCGCCGCCCGCGUAUUAUUUUCCUCCCCUAUUAGAGUUGCCCUUAUUGGCCCCCCAGGCGUCGGGAAAACGACUAGUCUGCUCGCCUUCUUAAGGAAAAACAAACGAGGUAGUACGGUCCACUCGACGAUGGGCUUCACACGGCACAGAGUGACCCUGUGGAUUAGGGGUGAGUCCAAAGUUGGUGUAAACCUGGAGAUCUACGACGUGAGUGGUGAUGAGCGAUAUGAGUCGUUACGUCGAUUUAUCUGUAGUCAUUGUCACGCUAUCGGGUUGUGUUACAAUCCAUGCCGUAAGGUGACGCUGGUGCAGGCUGCGGAUGUGAUGAUGGGGGUUGAACCAGCUCUUGGCCCGCAACCAGUCGUUGUAUGCGGUUUAAUUCCCUCGACGGAGAGUGAUGUCGCAGAUGCUAGCAACAUCCCACCGAAAGAUGUAAGUAAUGGUCUCAAUGGUGUCCGCCCAGAUCUCCAAGUUCCCCAAGCCUCACAUCAACAGCAUCCAUACACACUGCCCGCUGUUUCAUUUGCGACGCUUGCAACGCCGUCGUCAGAAGUCUCUGCGCGUUCUCAAGGGUCAACGGUGGCGUCGACCAUCACAGUCCGCGAAGCGACGUCUCCGCCGCUGGCGUCAACUCAUCCAGCACAUGGGAGUAUGGUGUGGGGUGCCGAGGGUGCCCCUAGCUCGCGAACUCAAGGACUAACACCUCCCAGACACAGCUCCCUCAUCGAGGUAUCCGAGGAGGAUGCUGCGGGUAUCACCGUCCGAGAUGGCGGCUCUUUGCAUUGUCCUAUUGAUCAAACGCACGUAUUUUAUGACCGUCUGCUUGGCUCCCUGAUCGAUCGUUUGUCCUUGGCUGUCAUGGCCAACCGGACAAGCAUAGCAAACCUCACCGAUGUCACUGAAGAGAGUGAAUCCAACAAAUUCGGGGGCGUCUCUGCAUCCAAUUGCUCGCGCUCCUUCGCGAAGCGCGAUCCGAAAGUCGACAAGGACAUUGCAGAGGAGCUACUGAAGCUGACAAUGCAGCCUUCCACACUUAACAUACUGCUAGAUCGUUAG